CCGGUCUGCUUCUCCAGGCCGUCUGCAAGGAGGCAGGUUCCUUCCUCGGGGGAGGACGAAGCACCCCAGCGUUGCCAGAAGCAAGACAGAGGAAAGGGAACAAUCCAGAGCAGACUGAGAGAGAGGAUCCUGAACUGAAGCCAUUCCUUAGAAAUGAUUGUCAUGUAAGUCGUCAGCCAUGGCGAACAGGAAAUGUCAAAGCACUACAGCUGGCAUGCUGGAUCACCGGGCAAGAGCUUGUCCUAUCUCGUCUCAUGGCAGGGAGGCUGAAAGUGAGGAAAAUCACUUGCCCGUGGAAGACUAUGUGGCAAAGGUGGUGGAGGUGAUACCUCCCAGGCAAGGCAGCCCUCCUCUAGCAGAGCACGAGUGCAAUGAUAACAGCGGAGAUGGGGAUGGAGACUCGAGUUCCGAUUAUGUCAACAACACUUCUGAAGAGGAGGAUUAUGAUGAGGGCCUCCCAGAGGAAGAAGAAGGGAUUACCUACUACAUCCGAUACUGCCCAGAGGACGAUGGUUACCUGGAAGGAAUGGACUGCAGCGGGGAAGAGUACAUCCCCCGUGAAGAACUUCCGGUUGAGACGGAUGAGUGUCAAGAAGCUGUAGAGGAAGCGGAAUGGGCCGAAACAAAAAUACAGCACCAGGAUGAAUGUGAAGCUACAGAAGCUGCAGGCUACCAUGAUGGUUGCAUUCAGAUAUUGGGAGGUGAGGUGUCAUGUCUGGAGAUCCAAGACCAAGAGGAAAACAUCCAGUAUUGCCAUCAAAGCGAAGAGGUCUGCCAGGGUUACUGCUCUCCCGAAGCCAAUGGAAAUUCCCACGGGGUGUCUCCUUACCAUUCUGGGAAGGAAGAGGCUGAGCUAGAAGAGCAGGAGGAAGAUAUCGACCAGAUUGUAGCUGAGAUUAAAAUGAGUAUGAGCAUGAGCAGCAUCAACAGCGCAUCGGAAAUGAGCCCAGAGCACGAUGGGACUGAAAACGUGCCAAAUGACUAUGCAGAGACUUGUCCAAAAGGAGACUCUGGCCAUGGCUCCAACAGGCAUCCAGGAAGGCCAAAGUCACUGAACAUCCCCCCUGCAUCGAAGCAAGCGGGAGAUGUACCCAGAGGCUUCAAAACCAAGUCGAGAACUCCAGAGGAAAGGCAGACGUGGCCACAAGAACAGGUGUGCAAUGGGUUAGAUCAGCCUCGGAAGCAGCAGCGUUCAGAUCUCAAUGGACCUAUGGACAACAACAAUAUGCCAGAGACAAAGAAAGUGUCUUCCUUCCCAAGUUUUGUUGAUGUUCCAGGGCCUUGUGAACCCGAAGACCUCAUUGAUGGCAUCAUCUUUGCAGCCAAUUACUUGGGCUCCACGCAGCUGCUCUCAGAGCGCAACCCCUCCAAAAACAUCCGAAUGAUGCAAGCCCAGGAAGCGGUGAGCCGCGUCAAGAGCUCCGAGGGAGAUUCCCAGGCUUUGACAGAAGUGGAUCUGUUCAUCUCUACCCAGAGGAUCAAAGUCCUGAAUGCAGAUACACAGGAAACCAUGAUGGACCAUGCGCUGCGCACAAUCUCCUACAUUGCCGAUAUAGGUAAUAUUGUUGUUUUGAUGGCAAGGCGCCGAAUGCCCCGGUCGGCUUCGCAGGACUGUAUUGAAACGACUCCCGGGGCACAGGAAGGAAAGAAACAAUACAAGAUGAUCUGCCACGUCUUCGAAUCAGAGGACGCUCAGCUGAUAGCCCAGUCAAUUGGCCAAGCCUUCAGCGUGGCAUACCAGGAGUUCCUCAGGGCCAACGGCAUAAACCCGGAGGACCUUAGCCAGAAGGAGUACAGUGACAUCAUCAACACCCAGGAGAUGUAUAAUGACGAUCUGAUCCAUUUCUCCAACUCGGAGAACUGCAAAGAGCUGCAGAUAGCCAAGCAGAAGGGUGAGAUUCUCGGAGUGGUAAUUGUGGAGUCUGGCUGGGGGUCCAUUUUGCCCACGGUGAUCCUGGCCAACAUGAUGAAUGGGGCCCCGGCAGCUCGCUCGGGGAAGCUCAGCAUCGGGGACCAGAUUAUGUCCAUUAACGGGACCAGCCUUGUUGGGCUUCCCCUGGCAACGUGUCAAGGAAUCAUCAAGGGUCUCAAGAAUCAGACACAAGUGAAGCUGAACAUUGUCAGCUGUCCUCCAGUCACCACCGUCCUUAUAAAGCGUCCCGACUUGAAAUACCAGUUGGGCUUCAGUGUGCAGAACGGAAUUAUCUGCAGCCUGAUGCGAGGUGGGAUAGCAGAGAGAGGCGGCGUCAGGGUUGGUCAUCGCAUCAUUGAGAUCAACGGUCAGAGUGUCGUUGCCACUGCUCAUGAGAAGAUUGUACAAGCUUUGUCAAACUCUGUGGGAGAGAUUCAUAUGAAGACUAUGCCUGCAGCAAUGUUCCGGUUGCUAACUGGACAAGAGACACCACUGUAUAUCUAACAGGAGGAUGCUUCUCUCAUCAAAAGAACUGAACAAUCCCACUCAUACGAGAACCUUCAAGAGGAAUUUUGUAUUUUGUAGGAAUAGAAAGGGUUUGAACUGAUUCCUGGAUAUAUUCUGGAAAUUCAAUGGAUGCAACUUCUUUGCCUUUUUUUCUUUAGUCUCUCUCUCUCUCUCUCUCUCUAUGUUGCCAAAAGGUGAAUCUGUUACUUAUGGAACAAUAACCACUGACACCACCUUUCUAAUACAUGGAAGUAUUUUGCAACAUCGUCUACAAAGCCCUUUCCCCAUUGAGGUUGAUGAGGAUAGGGUGACAUCCACCACAAAUGUCUCCUGUGCAAACCCUACUAACAUGUUGUCUGGGACACAGGUGCAGCCGUGUGGCCUGCGCAGUCUCCCUUGCUGGCGGAUCGUGCUUGUAAUAUUUAUUUAAACAUUGAUUGUGGCAUGUCCAUCAUGUGUAUACAUGUCUGCCAUGUUUAAACAACAUGGCAAAGGUGAAUAUGUCUGCAGAAACAGAACCCUUUAAAAUAAUGGUUGCCUAAAAUUCACGUCUGACUGCAAAAUGUGGAACGGUGAGUGAGGGCAAAGCAGUUUUGAAAUGACCAAGAAUGUAUGCAGUUCUAAUUGGGGCUUGAAGUGGGGGAGUGUUUGAUGCUAAUCAAAAGAAAAGCUACUGUUGUCUUUGGUAUUCUUAUUGACAAGUGUAACGUGUUAACGAGUUUUGACGAGAUGUGACUUUAAAUGUGAAACCGGAACAAGGGGAUUUGGCGUGGGUGGGGGUGAUGGGGAGGAGAAAGUUCUUUUUUUAAAAAAAAAAAUAAUAAUCCAAAAAUACACAAAAUAAAAAGAAUUGCCACAAUAUGAAUGCUGAAUAUUUAUUUAGAUGAAGUACAUUUAUGGUUUGGAGACUGAAGAUUUUUUAAUGACUGAAAUUGUCCCUGCAGAUUUGUGUUCAGGGAGAACUGUACAUGGGAAUCCUAGUUUUAACAUCCCACGACCUUUGGUUGUUCUUGAGUUUACUUCAGGAAAGCCAUGCUUAAAUAAUUUUUAAGUCUAAUCUUUGGGGCUUUUCCCCCCGAGCCAACAUGUGGUCUGAAUAAGAACAGGAGCUGCAAGUGGAGAGUCCUUGCCAUCAACAGUAUUAGAAUUUGUGGAGAUGAUAAACCAAGUAAAGAGUAAUGUUGUGUUUCUUACGAGAUAAAUGUCAACUCCUGUGACUUUUUUGUCUUGAUUUCUGUCCCUCUUUCGCUCUUCCCUUUUGGCCAAGGCCUUGAAGCAAAACACACUGUGACUACAGAAGCCUUACCACGCAGUAACAAAAAGCUUUAGGGUUACUGUACUUCAAGGAGUAAUGCCGUAGAUCUCUUGUUGCAUGC